GUUUUUAUCAGGUUGAAUAGUAUUUGGCAAGCUCCCAGUUGGUCUUCAUUGGAAUAUGGAGGCCGUUGGAAGGUAAACAAAUAACUUAUUUUGGUCUUGUUCACGUCUCUUCAUGGUAUAAAAGAGCGGAAAACAGGGGUAAUAUCUGUUUGUAUAUUAACUUCACGCAUGUAGACAAGAUUAAGGACUUUCGAGUAUUAGAAGACCCGGAGAUUAGGCCAUACGCAUUGUGAAAUUGAGAACAACCUUUUCAGCAUGAAGUUUCAUAAACAUUAAAAUACCGCCGUUAUUUACCAAAUGUAAUAAAACCUGAAAAGUCUUUCUUACUUAGGAUUCUCUUCCUGCUUUUAAGAAGAGUUUGUAGAAUUCAAUUUUUAAAGAACAGCUUAGCUUAAAGCAUUUUCAUAUUUAGCUCCAUUUAUGUAAAUUUGUUUUUAGAUUUUUACAUAUCAAUAUAGUUUUAGUCAUUAGAUACUGGUAUUUUAAAUUGAUUGAUUUAUUAAUUAAUUAACUGAUUCGAGGGCCACAGGCUGAGUAGCUUUUAGCUUUUUAUUGUUACCCUUACCAAAUAAAGUAUUUACUUACUUACUUACCUACCCUGCAGGUGCUGCAUUAUUUCGCAAAGGAUUUCUAUGCUCCGGUGAUAGCUUCAUCUUAUGUGGAAAGCGGGAAAUUUAAACUUUUCGUGGUGUCCGACCUAAUGAAGGUAACUGCUUCUUACAUCCUGCACGAUGAGACUAAAAGACUAAGGAACCGACCAUUUUACUUUCGAGGUGGGUAUGGGUGAUUUGGUUUGGGUAAUUUUAUUUUUCCCAAACCUCUGGUGAAAUAAUUUUUCCCUGAAAUACAAUGUUGUAAGAUUUUUUCCAGCCUUAUACGCCUUGAAAGAUAUAUUAUAUAUAGUGUGGGAAUUUUUUCCCCUAGGUAUUUCCUUGCAAGUCAGUUUGCAGGAUUUUUCUGAAAUCACCCAUAUCCGCCCUCGAAAGUCAAAUGGUUGGCCCCUAGUGUACUUUUCUAGUUACAAACGUAAAUCUUAAUUAGCAGUUUGUAUGUUACUUUUUCUGACAGUUUCUGUUUCGUUCUUUUUUUUAAAAUUGUAAUUUGAAAGAAGGAGAUUUCUAACACCAGAAAGCUCAGAAAAAAUUCCGAUUACCAGGUGAGAAUCAAACUCACGACCCUCCGAGUUCUAGUUCGGAUGCUCUAACCAGCUUCUGGAGGCUCUGUGGCGAGCAGGGUCGAAAUUGUGUUAUAACUACAACAGUGUUAUUUUAAAAUGGGUGAAUUAGCUCGUUUGGGUCUUCUGUUCCCUACAAGUCGUUCCCAGCUGCUCCCUUCGUGUCAAACUGUAUUGACUUGUAUGCAGUGAAAAUGGAUUAAAUUAAAUUAUGUGCACCUACUUAUGAAAGAGAGCCAAGAAAUUUCACUAUGGCUUUAUUUAUUUAUUUAUUUAUUUUUUCAGCCUAUCACCCAGGGUGUUGUGUCUAUUAAGGCUUGGGCCUGGUCUUCGUUCAAACCGUUGUCUACAAUGAACGUCACUUUUAACAUUGAUCCACAGUCCUCUGUGAGUAGCCAAGUUACUGAGUGAACAGAACAACGAGUUGUUUUUUAGCCUAUGUUAUAUGUCUCUAACUUACUUGUAAGUCAUGAAGAGGAAACAAAAGAAACGACCACAGUAAUUUUUAGACUGUUCACGUAUUCUCAGUACCAAACAUCAGAGUCCAUAUAAGCAUAGCUUGUUCCAAGCUCCAGGAUAGCAGGGAAGGCGAAUCUAGAAACUUUGCGCGAAAACCGCGAGGGGGCUGGGGGGAAACGGUGAUGUGGAGCUUUUCAAUACUUCAUUCCGGUAUACCAGCUGUUGGUAUCCUGUGAUUGGUCAAUUUUGACAGUUUCUGUCAACACUUAAAUCGAUCGCUUGGCUUCGAGCGCGUAGAGUGAUACAAACAUGGUGAGCCUGUGAAUCCCUUCCACACCGCACAUUUUGGCAUUUUGACAUUUGACAUUUUUGCACGAGAAACAGACUGGUGGACUGAGGUAUUUGGAAAGAUGCUUACAGGAACUCACCUUCUCUCUUCCCGCCGUUUUUCGCUCGCUUUUUCGCUGCUAGCCCGCUCUUUUCGCUCGCCUGAACUGACCGAGAGCCAGGCGCAGAUUUCUAUGGGUACGCCCCAUGACAACCUGAGCGAAUGUUACCUAUGCCACGCGACUGGUGUAGCGUUAGCUGAUAUAGUUGUUCAUUUACGCAGUCAUGUCAUUGACUUAAUUCUUUUUAGUGGCAAGUUUUCCCACCACGUUUUAAUGCCUUCUUAUGUGUGCUGCUGUUUCUAUUUCAGAAAUUUGUUUUUGCUGAUGACUUGAAGAUUCUUGUAAAAUCAAGCGGGUGUGAGAGCCCAAGACACUGUGUGUUCACCAUGACUCCCAUAGACUUCAGCACCGAGGAAGACCUCGGGCCAGCCAACGUAUUCUUCCUUUCCAAUCUAUCAGACGCUAUCGGCUUACAAGAUCCUCAGUUAAAGGUUGAAAUUCUCUGAAAGCUAAUUCUACUUAUAUUUUUAUAUACGUCUUUGUUAGUUACAUGAAGACUUUCACAUGCAUGACCCUGAGAUCUACGUAUUUUUCUAGAUUUCCAAAGUUGCCCAGUUAUCCAAGACAGAAUUUAGAGUGUCCGUUCAAGCCCAGUCUCCAGCUUGUUUUGUAUGGUUGAUGGCCAAAGACGUCCGUGGUCGUUUUUCGGAGAAUGGGUUCCUGCUAACAGAGCCUUCCAAAACGGUAUUAACUCUUCCUAUUUAUUUUUUCCUUCCACUGAGAUGUUUACCAUGCCUUUUAAAGGAGCUGUGUUAUAAAUUGAGUGACAAAUAA